CCCGCCGGAGCUGGCCGGGCUGAGCGCCCGGAGAGGGCCGAGGGCCGGGGGAACGAGCAGGCCCCGAGUUCCCCCUCCGAGCACUGGGGCUCCUUGCAGCGCCCGACGGCCCCACGCCUGCCCAGCCCCGCCUCGGCGGCCCCGAGGUCUGUGGGUGAGCGGCAGCAGGAGGCGCCAUGGCCGACAGGACGAGAGCGGCGCUGUCCGAGUCGGGCUGGUAUCUUUCAGAUGAAGGAAUUGAAGCUUGCAUAAGUUCCUCUGAAAAAGUUAAUACGAAUGACAUUGUCCUAGUUGCCCUUAAUACAGAUUUAAGAACGAUUGGCAAGAAGUUCCUCCCCAGUGACAUCAAUGGCGGAAAGGUGGAAAAGCACCUGACUGCUGAAGAAGUUUCAGAUUGGCUGACUCUGAUUAAAUGUCUGGAAGGGCCAUGUGUUCUGCAAAUACAGAAAAUACGCAAUGUUGCUGCACCAAAGGAUAAUGAAGAAUCUCAGGCUGCUCCCAGAAUGUUACGUUUACAGAUGACUGACGGACACACAAGCUGCACAGCUAUAGAAUACAGUAGCAUGUCAAAAAUAAGCCUGAACACUCCACCUGGAACAAAAGUUAAGCUUUCAGGAAUAGUUGAAGUGAGAAAUGGAUUCUUGCUGUUGGAUGACAGUAACACAGCAGUUCUUGGAGGUGAAGUGGAGCAUCUGAUAGAAAAGUGGGAAUUACAAAGGAGCUUAGCAAAACACAAUAGGAGUAACAUUGGGACAGAAGGUGGCCCUCCCCCUUUUGUACCUUUUGGACAGAAAUGCGCAUCUCAUGUGCAAGUGGACAGUAGAGAGCUUGAUCGCAGAAAGACUCUGCAAAUGACAAAUACUGUAAAAACUGUUGUGGACAAUGAUGAAUUUGAAAAGCAGAGAACAGCUGCUAUUGCAGAAGUAGCAAAGAGCAAGGAGACUAAGACAUUUGGAGGAGGUGGUGGUAGUAGCAGAAGUAAUCUCAGUGUGAGUGCUGGAGGGAAUCGAAACAGGGAACUGUUCCAGAAAGAGAAGAUAACAAAACCUGAGGGAAAGAAUGAAGGUGUCUACCGAGAACUGGUUGAUGAAAAGGCUCUAAAACACAUAACAGAGAUGGGUUUCAGCAAAGAAGCAGCAAGACAGGCACUUAUGGAUAACAGUAACAGCCUAGAGGCAGCAUUAAAUUUUCUCCUGAACAGCAGUAAACAAAAACCCAUUCAGGGACCACCACCUCGAGGUAAAGGAAAGGGCCGAGGCCGAAUAAGACCUGAAGAUGAAGAGGAGCUAGGAAAUGCCAGACCAUCUGCACCAAGCACACUGUUUGAUUUCUUGGAAUCCAAAAUGGGUACUCUAACAGUAGAGGAACCAAAAUUGCUAUUUCAGCAACCACAUCAAGUACAGCACAAAGUUAUGAAUGCAGAACAGAAUGGCAUCAAAGAGAAUCAUUCAAGACACAUGUCUCGCAAUGACAUGAGACAGCCAAGGAAUGAGAAACCCCCUCGUUUUCAAAGGGAUAUUCAAAAUUCAAGGCAGGCUUUUGAAAGUGUUGGGUUACCAAGAAACAGAGGUCCUGAAAGGCACAGUUCUUUAGAACAUUGGACAGAUGAAAAAAAUAAAAGUGACAGACAUUAUUCUAGAAAUGAUAGGCCGAAGGAUUUGGGUUAUCCCAUAGCCACUCACCAGAGCGAUAUUACUUUCAAAAAAAGGGAUAACAAUAUGCAAAACAGAGUAGGAAAAGGGGUGUCUUUCACAGAAUUCAAGGAGAACUCUGCUGCUCAAGAUAACACAGACAACAAUAACCAGAAACGUGGGAAAAGGGAAAACCAAAUACACAAUUCUGAAAAUUUUUGUGGUAGGAAGGCACGAACAAUUAGUAGUGAGUCCUUUAUGGUAAAAAGUGAGCAGCAUUUUGGUGUUAAUAAUGAUUACCAAAAUCCUGGUAGAACUGAUAAUUUUAAUGCUGUACCAAAUGGAGAUACUGAGCAUCAUCAGAAAGGAAGACGAGUAGGACCUAUCAAAUCAUCAGGACCCGCUACGAUCCCAUCUUUUGAUGAUAAAAUGUUGUGUUACAACACUGGUCCCAAGAGGAGAUCUGGGCCCAUCAAACCAGAGAAAAUACUAGAAUCAUCAAUUCAUAUGGAAUAUGGAAAAAGCUGGAGACCAGGGGAUGAAUGUUUUGCCCUUUAUUGGGAAGACAAUAAGUUUUAUCGGGCAGAAAUUGAAGCUCUUCAUUCUUCUGGGACAACUGCAGUUGUUAAAUUCAGUGAUUAUGGAAAUUACGAAGAGGUACUUCUCAGCAACAUCAGGCCUGUUCAUGCAGACACGUGGCCUUCUUUUAAGAGGCAGUAUUUGGAGACAAGCAUUGUGGAAAGCACUUACCCUGAUAAACUACUAGAGGAGGAGGAAGAAACAUAUGAGCAAACUCUAGAAUUCCGCAGAGGAGGUGAUGGUCAGCCAAGACGGUCCACACGACCUACUCAACAAUUUUAUCAACCCCCAAGAGCUAGAAACUAAUAAAUAAGAAAUAAAAGAAACCACCUCACAGUGGGGAGAGAUUCACUGGCAGCUCCAACUUGCUGAAGACUCUAGAAGAAUUGCUGUCUUUUUCCAAGUAAACAGGGGUGGAUCAAAGAAAGCUCAUGUGAGCAGAAGGAAUUUGGACCUGACAUCACAAGAGACUUUUUUAAAAGUUGUUAGUUAUGUGAAGCUGAAUACUUUUUACAUGUGAGAGGCAAAUUGUCAUUGCUGCCAUCAAUAAAACCACAGUGCACUAUUCUA